AUGGAGCACGGCACGGCACGGAACAGCACAGCACAGCACAGCACAGCAGAGCGCAACAAUGCUGUCACCUCCAAGGUUCUCUCUUAUCCUGUCAGCUCCCGCAAUAUAUCACCAAGCCCUGACCUCCAUCGAGGUAAAGAUUGGUACUCGGUAGUGGCGCUGGCCACAAAAUUACAGCAUCAGCGUCCUGGCAGCACUCUGGACGCUCUGAUUCGACGGUCACUCGCUUGGCUAGGCCGCUGCUGUGUAGAGGAGCCUGUGUCACCUUGA